GGAGUUGGACAGGUAACCUUAAUAACUUGAUGAGUUACCAGAAAUGCAGUGCAGCAGUGGACAGGAUUAUUUCAUUAUCUGUGGCCUAAAUUAUGUUCUGCUGACAAUGUGGAAAGCAUCGGUAAUCCCAGGUGCAAUAUAAAGCAAACGGGAUACACCCAGGGUCCAUUUGUAGCACAGGCCUGACUCAUUCCACCACCAACCCUCAGAAGUAGCUAAAGUCCGGUGCAGAAGGGGGCAGCACACCACUCAACCACAGCCAUGAAUGGAACAGAGGGGCCGUUCUUCUACGUGCCCAUGUCCAAUGCCACUGGUAUUGUGAGGAGUCCAUACGAUUAUCCUCAGUACUACCUAGUGGCACCAUGGGCCUUCGCCAUGUUGGGAGCCUACAUGUUCUUCCUCAUUCUCGUUGGCUUUCCAAUCAACUUCCUCACGCUGUACGUCACCAUUGAGCACAAGAAGCUGCGCACACCCCUAAACUACAUCCUCUUGAACUUGGCUGUUGCUGACUUGUUAAUGGUAUUUGGAGGCUUCACAACCACGGUAUACACAUCUAUGCAUGGCUACUUCGUCUUUGGGCGCCUUGGCUGCAACCUGGAAGGCUUCUUUGCAACUUUUGGUGGUAUCAACUCACUCUGGUGCCUGGUCGUGCUCUCCAUUGAGAGAUGGAUAGUUGUUUGCAAACCCAUGAGCAACUUCAGGUUUGGAGAGAACCAUGCCAUCAUGGGAGUAGCAUUCACCUGGGUCAUGGCCUUGGCCUGUACCGUGCCCCCCCUGGUCGGCUGGUCCCGUUAUAUCCCUGAGGGCAUGCAGUGCUCAUGUGGAAUUGACUACUACACUCGUGCAGAGGGGUUCAACAAUGAGUCCUUUGUCAUCUACAUGUUCACGGUCCACUUCCUUACCCCACUAUUCAUCAUCACCUUCUGUUAUGGCCGUCUGCUCUGCACUGUCAAAGCGGCUGCAGCUGCACAGCAGGAGUCUGAAACCACCCAGAGAGCUGAGCGUGAGGUCACACGCAUGGUCAUCAUCAUGUUCAUUGGCUACAUGGUUGCCUGGACGCCCUAUGCCAGUGUGGCUUGGUACAUCUUCACCCAUAAGGGCAGUGAAUUCGGGCCUGUCUUCAUGACCCUCCCAGCCUUCUUUGCCAAAAGCUCCUCAGUUUACAACCCUGUCAUCUAUGUCUGCAUGAACAAGCAGUUCCGCCACUGCAUGAUUACCACCCUGUGCUGCGGCAAGAACCCCUUCGAGGAAGAGGAGGGCGCUUCCACCACUGCCUCCAAGACCGAGGCCUCAUCUGUCUCCUCCAGCUCCGUGUCCCCGGCAUAAAGACACAAGCCAACUUACUCACUGUAGCAAGACCUACUGGGCACCCCUACAACAUCCACCAAGACGAAGACUUCAGCCCAGAGAAUCAAGUGACCACAACGACUCAAAGAAGUAAAGUCUUUUCACCCUUUUGUAUGGUUAUACAAACCAAUUGGUUCAACUAAAGACAGUUGAGAGAAAGGACGAGCCA